AUGCCCAGAGCCUUCCUGGUGAAACGGCGGAGCCCGCAGCCGGCGGUGCGCAGCUGGGAUGGGCUGCCCGACGAGGAGAGAGCCGACACCUACAUCCCAGGUACGGCAGCGCCCACCGGCUCCCUUCCCCCGGGCACCGGGAGGAAGGAAGGAGAGACCUCACCAGACCCCGCGGGCUGCGGAGGGAACAGCGGGAGCAGCGGGACCCGCGACGCUGAGCCCAGCGACCCCCCGACGCCCCAGCCUGGCCCUGGCGACUUGGGCACGGCUGAGGGAAUGCUGCUGGACCUGGCCGUCAAGCGCCCCGUUGUCAGGUCAAAAAUCAAGUUCACCACUGGCACCUGUAACGAUGCCACAGUGCAUAGCUGUGAGCUGUGUGGCAAAGGCUUUCGCCUGCAGCGGAUGCUCAACCGUCACAUCAAGUGUCACAGCCAGGUGAAGAGACACUUGUGCACAUUCUGUGGAAAGGGCUUCAACGACACCUUUGAUCUGAAAAGACAUGUCCGGACUCACACCGGAAUUCGUCCCUACAAGUGCGAGGUCUGCAACAAAGCCUUCACCCAGCGCUGUUCCCUGGAGUCCCACCUUAAGAAGAUCCACGGCGUGCAGCAGCAGUAUGCCUACAAACAGAGGCGAGACAAACUGUAUGUGUGCGAAGACUGCGGCUACACAGGCCCCACGCAGGAGGACCUCUACCUGCAUGUCAGCAACGUUCACCCUGGAAGUGCUUUCCUCAAGAAGACUUCCAAAAAACUGGCAGCUGUUUUGCAGAACAAACUGAGCCCUGUCCUGCAGAGGAACUCCAAAGAUGAUGACAAAGAUGAGUGA